AUGUCCUCGACAGAACUGCCUUGGAACCCAUAUACGGGCUAUAUUCCCUCAGAAUCAAUUGCAAUCGUCGCCGUGACGGUCAUCUCGCUCUCGCUUGGCACACAUGUCUAUCAACUCGGACGAUCGGGCUACUGGCCUUCCCUUGCGCUCGUCUUGGCAGCAUGUGGAGAGCUUCUCGGACACAUCGGCAGGUUACUUUCAAGUCGUGAUGUCUACUCGAGAAGCGCGUUCUUGCUACAAGCAACUGUCCUCAUUCUGUCGCCAUGCUUUCUCAGUGCAAUCUGCUACACCACACUUGGCGAGCUUACCACUUUACUAGGCGGUCGAUUCUCGCCUCGCUUUUAUGUCGUCGUCUUCGUCACGGCAGAUGUGAUCUGCCUUGCUGUGCAGGCUGCAGGUGGAUCUAUCGGCUCGUUAGCCGUAGUGCACUACGAAGAUCCCAAGGUGGGCACAAAGCUGAUGCUAGCUGGCAUUGCAGCUCAGCUCGCCACAACUGUCAUCUUCCUCAUCUUGGCAGCAGACUUUGCAAUCACGCGACGUCACGCUCUUACCACUAGUUCGCGUGAUGUCAAGCUCGUUGCGUCAACGACACUUAUCGUAACGCUUUUUAUCGUCAUCCGGGGCAUCUACCGAACUUGCGAAUUAGCAGAGGGCUGGGUCGGCUACCUCAUCGUGCACCAGCCAUACUUCCUCGUGUUCGACGCACUUCUUAUGAUCAGCUGCCUCGUCCUAUUCAAUAUCAUCCACCCUUCGAGGAUGCUUCGACGUGAAGGAGGUGCAGCCGAUACAAGCUCGCUUGACGAUGACGAGAGCAGGGACAAGUCAUACGACGCCAUGAUCGCAGACGAUGACAAACGCAUACCGAAGUAUGAAGUCGAGCAAGCUCGUGUCUAG